CACCACCACCCCAGGCUCCUCCACAUGGCACUGAUGCAUACCCAGCCCUCCGGUGAGCCCUGAGCGCUUCCCCCGCCAUUGGCACAGAGAUACAUUUCCCCCGCCUUGCCCUCUCGGCCCGGAACGAAGCGGCCAUGGCUGAGGCCGUCCAUUACAUCCACCUGCAGAACUUCAGCAAGUCCCUGCUGGAGACGCUGAACGGGCAGCGCCUGGGUGGGCACUUCUGCGACGUGACUGUGCACAUCCACGAGGCCACCCUGCGGGCCCACCGGUGUGUGCUGGCCGCCGGCAGCCCCUUCUUCCACGACAAGCUGCUGCUGGGCUACUCGGAGAUCGAGGUGCCCGCCGUGGUGCCCAGCCAGGUGGUGCAGCAGCUGGUGGAGUUCAUGUACAGUGGCUCUCUGGUGGUGGCCCAAUCCGAGGCCUUGCAGAUCCUGACGGCCGCCUCCAUCCUCCAGAUCAAGACGGUCAUCGAUGAAUGCACCCAGAUCAUCUCCCAGAGCCGCAGCCCCAAGCCGCCCGCCGCUGCUCCCUCCGUGCCCCUCUCCGUCCCCAGGCCGCUGGUCGUCAAGCCCCAGGAGCAAACCAAGGAGAGCCCAGGUGCUGUCGGUCUCCCAGCCUCCCGGCCCGGCGAGCUGGAGCCCCCCGGCACCGCCCAGCUGGAGGCCCCCAAGCUGCUGUGCGCCUCAGAGGUGCGCUACAAGCUCCGCGACCUGCUCUCCUCCCAGCAAAGGCAGCUGGGGGAGGCCAGGGAGAGGGCAGCGUCCGAGGGGGAACUGGCAGCCGCCGGCAGCGACGGCGAGGGGCCCUACAGCGGGCUGCACCCAGCCGAGGCUCAGCCCAGCUGCCACAGCCGCAAGCAGCGGCAGCCGGUGCGGCUCCAGCUUUCCGACGCCUUGCCUGUCAUCAUCAAGGACGAGGAGGAGGAGGAGGAAGACGAGGAGGAGGAGGAGGGCGGGGGAAAGCUGAGCUGCUUCGGGGAAUGUGGCGGGGGAGACUUCCCCAGCUGCAGCGAGGCCAAAGACACCGGGGGCGGGAGCAGCGGAGGUGGGGCGGGCAGGAAGGACGGCGUCCAGCUUGACUACCCCGCCGUGGAGGGGCAGGAUUUCUUCGGCGGGCAGGACGUCUUCUCCGAGUCCUUCAUCCCGGCCUGGCAGAGCGAGGAGGGCGGCCAGGGGGCGGCCCGGGAGGGCGAGAAGUUCCGCACCGAUUGCAGCCUGGAGGCCUCCAACAUGAGGACGCUGGCUGGAGACUUCAAGCCAGCCCCGGCCGGCUUCCCGGCCCGGGCGCCCGAGCCCCGCAGCUUGGCGUUCGUCUCCUCCCUGGGCAUCCAGCGGGAGCUGAAAGCCGAGGUGAGCGCCGCCGGACCCGGCACCACCACCACCACCAGCAUCUUCCAGUUCCACCUGCCGCAGCCCGGCGUGGCCCAGAGUUUCUACAGCGUCCAGCAGGAGGCCGGCGCCGCCAACAUGGUACAGCUCAGCCCCGGCGCCAUGGUGACGGGCUCCCUGCACGGCGAGCAGGCCCAGCGCCCGGGGCCUUCCCGCUGCUCUGAGCCCUCCUACCAGUGCAGCCACUGCCAGAAGACCUUCAGCUCCCGCAAGAACUACACCAAGCACAUGUUCAUCCACUCAGGCGAGAAACCCCACCAGUGCAGCAUCUGCUGGCGCUCCUUCUCACUGCGGGACUACCUGCUGAAGCACAUGGUGACGCACACGGGCGUGCGGGCCUUCCAGUGCUCCAUCUGCUGCAAGCGCUUCACCCAGAAGAGCUCCCUCAACGUCCACAUGCGCACGCACCGCCCCGAGCGCUUCCAGUGCUGUAUCUGCAACAAGUACUUCUCCCACCGCACCCUGCUCGAGCGCCAUGUGGCCACCCACACCGCUUGGAAAGCCGGCGAGCCUGAUGUGGCCGGAGGCGCCUGGAAGGAGAAGCCUGACCCGGGAGAAGGCGCCAGCGUCACCGCCUGGAAAGGGGACCCAGCUGCCGAGGGCGCCAUGGUGGCGUGGAAAGGGGACCCAGGCGGGGAAGGCACCAUGGUGGCGUGGAAAGGGGACCCGGGCGGGGAAGGCACCAUCGCAGCCUGGAAGGGGGACUCUGUUGCAGAGGGGGCUCUCCCCACCCAGCCUGCGUGGAAAGGGGACCCUGCUGGAGAUGGCCCCAUGCCAGCCCACACAGCCUAAGAGAGGGGCCCGGCUGGAGUGGGCACAGGUAAAGAGGGGACCAAAGUGGGCCCAUCUCAGCCCAGCCAGCCUGGAAAGGCUCCCAGGCCUAGCACAACCCGUGUGCCCUGGAAAGAGAAGCCGUAGAGUAACCCACUCAGCUCAGAGAGGCAUCUGGGGUACCAGUUACUUUCCUGAUGCCCUCCACCCCAGCCGGUACGACGUGCACUCAAGACCAACUGGCUUGGUCAAGUCCUGUUUUGAUCUCCAAGAUGAGUUCUCUCUGUGGGCUCAACUCCCUUCCGAGCCCCUCAAUGGGCCAUGCCCUGUGGACGCUCCCUCCUCCCAGUCACACCAGUUGGGAGCAGUACCGUCCCCUCCAGCAGACCAUCUCUGAGCCAGGUGACAGAAACCAACGGAAACCCUAGCAGUGACCAAAGAGUCUGUCCGGCUCCCUGGGGAAGGGACAGAAAGGAACUGCACGGCUAUGGAGCCCCUAAACCUUCCUUUGUGAGCAGCUGUUCCUCCAUCUUCAGGCGUUCAGAGGUGGAUCAGAGUUCUAGCUACUCCCUGGCUACAGAAUCCCUCACUUGCCAUCGGUGUUCUCCAGCAGCCCUUGUCAUUGCAAAGAGGAACUUCCCGAUGUUUGCCUGAGUCUGCGGACAGCCUGAAACAGACCCUGGGAGAGGCACAAACUACCCCUUUGGUUAUUAACCCUGAAACUUAACAAUGGCCGUUUAAAUGUCGGCAUCACUAACUGCAGCUCUCCCAGUAGUUUUAGCAGCCACAUCCAGCUAACGUACUUGUCCCACAAUGCCAAACAAUUCCCCAGUUCUCAAAUCUCCCCGCUCACUCCCCCAUCGCCCCCUGAGAACAUGUAUAAGACAGGGUUUGAAGAGCAGUGGGGCACAGAAAAUUUAAGGGCAGAGUAACUAGAGUUCAAUAUAAAAUAAAUAACACACUGAUGAGGUACUGAUUGCGCUGAUGGAGGGGUUGCUGGCAGCUGGUGAACCCCUCCUUCUGUAUAAAAAUAUUGCACCCAUAAGUCAUACCUGAGAACACUUAAAUGGAAGGGGAUUAGAGAGCAGAAGUGGGUGAAAUUUUUUAACUGAACCUUUUUUCAAUGUAAAAUGCAGAUUUGGCAAUGCCAAAAAGUUUCAUAAAUUCGUGUCGGUUUUGCCAAAUGGUUUUGAGGAGAAAAAAAAUUAAAAAUAACAUUCUGAAGAAAUCAAAAUCUUUCAUUUGGACUUUUCUGGGAGGAAAAUCCUUUUGGUUUUUCAAUUUGAAAUCUCCUUGAAUUUUAUUUUUUAAAAAUAAAAAUGCUCAAAACAAAACCUAUCCCUUUUUUUGGUUCAAAAUGACUUGUUUCAAAAUUUCCUUUUAUUUUAAAAAAAGGUCACAUAUGUUUAAAAAUGCUCAAAAUCAAGCCAAAAUAUUUAGAUAUUUUGUUUCAAAAUGACUUUGUGUUUAGAAAGGUCCUUUAAUUUUACUUUUUCAAACUAAAUAAAGGUUUAAAAUACUCAAAAUCAAAAUGUUUCAACCCAAAUGAAUUUUUUUACUUUGAUUUGCUGAAAAUUUUCCUUUUCAGUCCAACCCGAAAUGAUUUUUUUUCCCAAUUUUUAAAAGCGCCAAGGAACCAAAAAGACCUGUUCUUAGUCCCACAAGAUUGAAGAGUCACUUUCUUCUGUUUUCCCAGUGUCCGUUCAAUUACACAUUCUCCUGCUGGUGGAGCGUAGAGUGAACACUUCAGAUCACGCAUUUCCCAAAAGCCCAGUCUCCUGCCAAUAUUGUGGCCUGCUCUAUGUUAAGGCUGAGGCGGGCAAGGUUGGAAGCCAUGACCUUCCUCCAGCAUGUGUGAGGCUGACCAUAAGGUCUUCUCCAUCCAGCUUUUGUUGGAUCAUGCAUAAAGCUGGUGGGCUGGUAUUGACUCUGAUGUACUGAGCAGAUGGCCAAACCACCUGAGUCACUUGGGAAGACAUUGGAGGCCAACUGGGCUCAACACUUGACAUCUUCGUUCAUAAUGUGAUAAAACCAUCAUAUGCCUUCAAUACCCAGCAUCCCAUCUGCAGUAAUCAACAGUUCUGUGACUGAUCCGUUUCAAUUCCUGUUGUGUUGCCAUGAAGGCCUCGUUCAUGCACUGCUCCAUGCAGAGAGACCUGGGCCGGACCUGAACUUUCCCAGCUCCUGGGGCAAAGAUCUCACACACCUAUAUUCUGCCUCAGUCACUACAAGAGGACAUUGACCGGGACACAACAGUUUAGGCUGCUGCUGACUGGGGUCUGGGAACGAGUCCCCUCUACCAUGGAAACCCUGGGGGAACCCCCACUUAGCAUCACAGAGGUCAAGGCCAGAAGGGACCAUUAGAUCAUCUGUCUAACCUUCUCUAUAGCUAGGCUUGGCAGAAUUCGAUUUUUAUUUUUUUUAUAAUUUUGAUGGAAAAUAUCAAUGUUUAUUUUAAGCAUUUUUUUUCAAUUUUUAUCAAUUUACGUUUUUACAGGUGCACAAAAUUAUGGGUUUUAAGUGUUUUUUUCCUUGAUUUUUAUCAAUUUAAGUUUUCGUAGUUGCUGGAAAUUGGGGGGCAGAGACAAUCAUUAUUUAAUGACCAUAGACAUUGAAA